AUGAUAUUUGCUGUUAAGAAGAUCAAUGAAGAGCUUCAACUCUUACCUAAUAUUACCUUGGGCUUCAGAAUCUGUGAUAGGUAUGGUGGCUAUCAUGCCAAAAUGGAAUUUUUCUCCAGUCAGAACAGAUUCAUUCCCAAUUACAAGUGUGGCAAUUUGAACAAACUUACAUCAGUUGUUGGGACUAUUGAUCCAGGAAUCUUUUUGGUAGAUAUUUUAGACACUUACAAAGUUCCACAGCUUCACUUCUUUUUGAAAAGAGUUGCAUUUAACAACAGUGUUGGGAAUGAAAUUUCCUUUGACCAGAAUGGCAAACUUAUUACAGGAUUAGAGAUUGAGAACUGGGUCACAUUCCCAAACCAGUCUUUCCAUCGAGUGAAAGUUGGAAAGCUGGAUCCCUGGGCUGUUGAAGAUAAAAUGUUCACCAUUCAUGAGGAAGCCAUUAGCUGGCCCAGCACUUUCAACCAAACCAUACCUGAUUCUGUUUGUACUGAGAGUUGUCUUCCUGGUUAUUUCAAGAAAAAGCAGGAGGAAAAGCCAUUUUGCUGCUAUGAUUGCCUUCCAUGUCCCAAAGAGAAAAUUUCAAGCCAGAAGGACAUGGAUGACUGUUCCAAAUGCCCAGAAAAUCAAUAUCCAAAUAAGAAACAAGAUUCAUGUAUUCUGAAGAAAGUAUCUUUUUUGUCCUAUGAAGAACCAAUGGGAAUAAGUUUAGCCAUUCUGGUAUUUUUGUUUUCUCUCAUCACAAUUUUGGUGCUGGCAACAUUUUUAAAAUAUCACAACACACCUAUUGUCAAGGCCAAUAACCGAAAUCUCACCUAUGUUCUGCUUAUCUCCCUCCUCCUCUGCUUCUUGUGCUCACUGCAGUUCCUUGUUGCUCCUGGAAAUGUAAUAUGUCUCCUUCGACAAAUUAGUUUUGGCAUCAUCUUCUCAGUGGCCGUGUCUUGUGUGCUAGCAAAAACCAUCAUUGUGGUUCUAGCUUUCAUAGCCACCAAACCAGGAUCCAGGAUGAGGAACUGGGUGGGAAGAAGACUGACCACAUCAAUUGUGUUUUCUGGUUUCCUGGUUCAAGCAGGCAUCUGUACAGUGUGGCUGCUCACAUUUCCUCCUUUCCCUGACAUUGACACCAAUUCAGAAAUUGAGGAGAUCAUACUGCAGUGCAAUGAAGGCUCAGCUACCAUGCUCUACUGUGUCCUGGGCUACAUGGGCUUUCUGGCAGCUGCAAGUUUCACAGUAGCUUUUUUGUCCAGGAAUCUCCCUAGCAGUUUCAAUGAGGCCAAAUGUCUCACUUUCAGCAUGCUGAUCUUCUGCAGUGUGUGGAUCUCUUUUGUUCCAUCUUACCUGAGCACCAAAGGCAAAUACAUGGUGGCUGUGGAGGUUUUCUCCAUUUUGGCCUCAAGUGCUGGGUUGUUGGUCUGCAUAUAUUUUCCCAAAUGUUUCACAAUAAUUUUUAAGCCAGAACUCAACAACAAAGAACAAUUAAUAAAGAAAAGAUAUUAA